AUUUCUGUUUUGGUUGACUUGGGUGCAAUGACGCCUGCUUUUGAAGAUCUCCCAUUGGACCCGGAAGGGCCACCAGGAAAUGCUUGGGGCAGAUUCGGAGAUCAGGAUGAACUGGGCACACUGAACCUGAUCACGCCCGACACAAUUGUCCGCGCAGCAAAGGAGAUCCAGACUGGCGUGCGCAUAUCGCUCGACUGGCUUCUAAGUAUGCCAUCACAUCCGAGUUUCGGUAGAAAGGGCUUUCACCAGGAGAUUGUGCAUAGGAGCCCGAAUUGUAUCAACGACGACAUCUUGACUUUCAAUACACAGAGCUCUAGUCAGUGGGAUGGCUUUAGGCACUACGCUCACCAGAAGUCUCGUCGAUUUUAUAACAAUGUAACUCAAGCAGACAUAGAGUCUUCUGAUAUAAUCGGUCUGCACACUGUCGCGGAGGCAGGAGGAAUAACUGGACGCGGCGUGCUCCUUGACUACGCUCAGUGGGCGGCUAGCAAGAAUCUCCAGAUCCAGUCUUUAUCAUCGACCCCAAUCACGGUCGAAAGUCUCGAGGCCAUGGUUAAAGAUUUCCAAAUCCAGAUUCACCCAGGGGAUAUCUUACUCAUUCGCAGUGGAUUCACCGCCGCGUAUAAUGAACUGAAUGAGCAGGAAAGAAUAAACCUGGCACAGCGACCGUCUCCGGAUUUUAUUGGAGUGGAAGCAACCGAGAAAACACUACGAUGGCUCUGGAAGCACCAGUUUGGGGCAGUGGCGGGGGAUGCGCCCAGCUUCGAGCGGGCACCGAUUCGCGGUCCUCAUGCUGAUCCUCGGUACAACCUGCACGAAUGGGUGCUUGCCGGCUGGGGCUGUCCUAUUGGAGAAUUAUUUGACCUCGAACGGCUCUCCCAGCACUGUAGGGCAACCGGGAGAUAUACCUUUUUCCUCUCGAGUGUGCCACUGAAGGUACCCGGUGGCGUGGCCAGCCCUCCGAAUGCAAUUGCUGUAUUCUAA